AUGGCAUCCACUUCGCCAGCUGCAGCAGCAGCUUGCUACACCCCACCAUGGGCCGACAUGAGCAUGAUUGGCGUAGCAGGAUCCUCAGGUUCGGGCAAGACCUCCCUGGCUGUCGAGAUUGUCAAGGCUCUGGAUCUACCUUGGGUCAUCAUCCUGUCCAUCGACUCAUUCUACAAGUCCUUGAAUGAAGAGCAGAAUCGUCUGGCCCAUCUGAACGAAUACGAUCUUGAUUCACCGGCGUCUAUCGACUUUGAUCUUCUUGUCGAAUGCUUGUCCCAGCUCAAGCAAGGCAAGCGCGUCAACAUCCCUGUAUACUCGUUUCCCCUACAUCAGCGCUUGGAGGAGACUGUUUCAGUAUAUUCGCCCCAUGUUGUAAUUCUGGAAGGGAACCUUGCCUUGGUCGACCCACGUGUGCUGAAAAUGCUGGAUAUGAAGAUCUUUGUGGAAGCUGAUCUGGAUUUAUGCUUAUCGAGGCGACUUGUUCGCGACGUGCGUGAACGCGGGCGUGACAUUGAAGGCAUCAUCAAGCAGUGGUUCGAUUGGGUCAAGCCGGUAUACUUGAAAUGGGUCGAGCCACAGAAGGAAGGCGCGGACAUCAUCGUUCCUCGUGGCAUGCAGAACAAGAUGGCAAUUGCGAUGAUCGUGAAUCAGGUGCGAAGAAUGCUCAAGGACAAGUCAAUACGACAUAAUGCAGAGCUCGAGAAGCUCGGCCAGGACGUCGAAGACAGUCCACUACCGGAGAAUGUCAUCCUGCUGGAGCAUAAGCCGCAAAUAAGAGGCGUGGGGACGAUUUUGCGGAACACAAUAACACCACAGGAGGAGUUCGUGUUCUACUUCAAUCGCCUAAGCGCCAUACUGAUUGAGACGGCCCUUGACUGUCAUUCUUAUCUACCGUCAACGGUGUACACGUCGCAAGGCUAUGGAUACAACGGUCUGAAAUCGGCCGGCAUCAUUUCUGCUGUGGUCAUCCUACGAGGCGGCAGCUGUCUGGAGCCGGGCUUGAGGCGGACCAUUCCCGACUGUCUGACCGGAAGGAUGCUCAUACAAUCGAACCUAAGAACAGCCGAGCCAGAGCUGCACUAUCUGAAGUUGUUUCCAGAUAUAGAGAAGCACAAGACCGUCCUGCUCUUGGACUCUCAGAUGUCGAGCGGAGGUGCGGCGCUGAUGGCAGUGAAGGUCCUGGUCGAUCACGGGGUGGCCGAGGAGAAAAUCGUCUUUGUGACUUGUCUUGCGGGGAAGCGAGGGCUUAAGAGGCUCCUGAGUGUGUUCCCGAAGAUACAAGUCGUGGCAGCCAAUAUGGGCGACGAGUAUGAGAAGCGCUGGAUCGAGGAGCGCUACUUUGGCUGCUAA